AUGGGAGGUAGUGGUAAAACCACAUUGGACAAAGAGUUGUACAACGGGAAUUUUUCCUCCUUCAAGAGAUGCAGUUUUGUGUUUGAUGUGCGAGAUGCAACCUCAAGAAACUUUUUGUGUGAGAAGAAGAAAAAGCUUCUGGCUGACCUUGGUGUCCAUCAUUUUCCGUUCGAUAAUGGAGAUGAAGGCAAGGUGGUUCUUGCAAAUCGUUUGAGCGCUCAUCAGGUGCUCAUAGUUUUGGAUGAUGUGGAUCACAUUGACCACCUGCAUGCUUUAUUGCCAAAUAAGGACAACCUUGGAUCCAAAAGUAUGGUCAUUAUAACAACCCGGGAAUUAUGUGUCCUUAAAUCAUGGGGUCUCUCCCACUCCUGCAUUUAUAACAUGCCAACACUUGAGAAGCCACAUGUCGAGAAGCUAUUAUGUUGGCAUGCUUUUCGGCAACCCUCUCCACUCGCUGAAUUUGAAACUCUGGUUGAAGGCUUUUUAAAGACUUGCAAUGGUUUGCCUCUGUCACUCAAGGUCUUGGGUGAAGAUUUAUAUGGCAGAGAGUCAAAAGAUUACUAG